GGUCCGCCUCCGGGCGCGGGUCGCAGGCGCCCCUCCCCGCCUCGGCGACCUAGCAGCUGUCAGCGCUGCCGCCGCCGCCGCCCAGGAAGGGGACCCGCGACAGAGCAGCGUGCCGCCGGUCGGUAGCCUCCUUUGCGCCACCCUUGGCUAAAGAAUAUGACCCUCAACCCCUGCCAGGAGCAUCAGUGUAAACCCAGAGCCACGUGAUCCUGAGGACAGUCACCAGACCCUCCCUGCCCAGAGGUUGUGGUGGUGGUGGUGGUGGUGGUGGUGGUCGGAGAGUCAUGCCAGUGAGCCCUGGGCCCCUCCUGAUGUGCCACAGGGCAUCAACCCUCCAGAACGCCAAGGCCAGCCCACCACACUCGAGAGGCCUGCCAGCCCCACCCCGGAGCCCUCUGCGCAGGGCCGCCUCCUCCAGGACAGUCCUCCACUAGCCCGGGAGGAGAGCGUGGCAGGAGCCGUUCCCAGCAUCCAGCGCCCACUCUCCAUGCACGGCGGCUUCGGUCGUGGCCAGGUCUCUUAUCCCAGGAGGAUGGCGGUGCUUGGGCAGCUGAAGCUCCUGCUUUGGAAGAACUACAUCUUGCAGAAACGGAAGGUCCUGGUGACAGUCUUGGAGCUCUUGCUGCCCUUGCUGUUCUCUGGGAUCCUGAUUUGGCUUCGCUUGAAGAUCCAGUCGGAAAACGUGCCCAACGCCACCAUCUACCCUGGCCAGUCCAUCCGGGAGCUGCCGCUCUUCUUCAGCUUCCCCCCUCCGGGCGCCACCUGGGAGCUCGCCUACAUCCCGUCCCACAGUGAUGCCGUGGAGACCAUUACUGAAGCGGCGAGGAGGAUGCUGGUGACCCACAUGAGAGUCCGUGGCUUUCCCUCCGAGAAGGACUUUGAGGACUACGUAAAAUACGAUAACCGCUCCAACAACGUGCUGGCUGCCGUGGUGUUUGAGCACACCCUCAACCACAGCAAGGACCCCCUGCCGCUGGCGGUAAAGUACCACUUACGGUUCAGUUACACACGAAGAAACUACAUGUGGACCCAGACUGGUUCCUUUUUCCUGAAAGAGACAGAGGGAUGGCACACCACUUCCCUUUUUCCACUUUUCCCAAACCCAGGACCAAGGGAGCCCGCAUCCCCUGAUGGCGGGGAGCCUGGGUACAUCCGAGAAGGCUUCCUGGCCAUGCAGCAUGCUGUGGACAGGGCCAUCAUGCAGUACCACGCCAACGCCUCCACACACCAGCUGUUCGAGAAGCUCACUGUGAUUGCCAAGAGGUUCCCUUACCCGCCUUUUAUUUCGGACCCCUUCCUGGUCGCCAUCCAGUACCAGCUUCCCUUGCUGCUCAUGCUGAGCUUCACAUAUACGUCCCUCAGCAUCAUCCGGGCUGUUGUGCAAGAGAAAGAGAAAAAGCUGAAGAAGGCUCCGAGGAGUCGGCGUGAGGCGGGCGAGGGCAGGUGGUCAUGUCGCACGCCACCACGUGUCCUCUCCCAGGAGCACAUGCGCAUGAUGGGGCUCAGCGGCUGGCUGCACUGGAGCGCCUGGUUCCUGCUCUUCCUGCUGCUCCUCCUCUUCACCGUCGGCUGCAUGGCCCUGCUCCUCUGCAUCAAGGUGAGGAAGGGCGUGGCGGUGCUCACGCACAGCGACCCCUCGCUGCUGCUGGCCUUCCUGCUGUGCUUUGCCAUCUCCUCCAUCGCCUUCAGCUUCAUGGUCAGCACUUUCUUCAGCAAAGCUAACAUGGCAGCUGCCAUUGGGGGCUUCCUCUAUUUCUUCACCUACAUCCCCUACUUCUUCGUUGCUCCUCGAUACAACUGGAUGACCCUCAGCCAGAAGCUCUUCUCCUGCCUCCUGUCCAAUGUUGCCAUGGCGAUGGGGGCCCAACUCAUUGGGAAAUUUGAAGCAAAAGGCACAGGCGUUCAGUGGCCAGACCUCCUGAGUCCCGUCAACGUGGACGACGACUUCUCCUUUGGACAGGCGCUGGGCAUGCUGCUGCUGGACUCCGUGCUCUACGGCCUGGUGGCCUGGUACGUGGAGGCCGUGUUCCCGGGGCAGUUGGGCGUGCCCCAGCCCUGGUACUUCUGCUUCAUGCCUUCCUACUGGCGCGGGAGCCCGAGGACAGCCAUGGGGAAAGAGGAAGUUGAUGAGGACCCUGAGAAAGCGCUCAGGACCGAGUACUUUGAGGCCGAGCCUGAGGACCUGGUGGCUGGCAUCAAGAUCAAGCACGUGUCCAAGAUGUUCGGAGUGGGGAGUGUUAGAAAGGCAGCCGUCAGAGACCUGAGCCUGAACCUGUAUGAGGGGCAGAUCACCGUCCUGCUGGGCCACAAUGGCGCAGGGAAGACUACCACCCUCUCCAUGCUCACAGGCCUCUUUCCUCCGACCAGUGGACGGGCGUAUAUCAAUGGGUAUGAGAUUUCCCAAGACAUGGUUCAGAUCCGGAAGAGCCUGGGCCUGUGUCCACAGCACGACAUCUUGUUUGAUGACCUGACAGUCGCAGAACACCUGUAUUUCUACGCCCAGCUGAAAGGCUUGUCACACCAGAAGUGCCCUGAGGAGGUGGCACGGAUGCUGCACACCCUGGGCCUGGAGGACCAGCGGGACUCACACUGCAAGUUCCUGAGCGGGGGCCUGAGGCGCAAGCUCUCCAUUGGCAUCGCCCUCAUUGCGGGCUCCAAGGUGCUGAUGCUGGACGAGCCCACAUCCGGCAUGGACGCUGUCUCCAGGAGGGCCAUCUGGGACCUUCUCCAGCAGCAGAAGCGUGACCGCACCAUCCUGCUGACCACGCACUUCAUGGACGAGGCUGACCUGCUGGGGGACCGCAUUGCCAUCAUGGCCAAGGGGGAGCUGCAGUGUUGCGGGUCGUCGCUGUUCCUCAAGCAGAAGUAUGGUGCAGGCUACCACAUGACCCUGGUGAAGGAGCCUCACUGCAGCCCCGAGGGCAUCUCCCGGCUGGUCCAGCACCACGUCCCCAAUGCCACCCUGGAAAGCAGUGCUGGAGCGGAGCUGUCAUUCAUUCUGCCCAAGGAGAGCACGCACAGGUUUGAAAGUCUCUUCAGUAAGCUGGAGAAGCAGCAGAAGGCACUGGGUAUCGCCAGCUUCGGUGCCUCCGUCACCACCAUGGAGGAGGUGUUCCUUAGGGUUGGUAAGCUGGUAGACACCAGCAUGGACAUCCAGGCCAUCCAGCUCCCUGCCCUGCAGUACCAGCACGAGAGGCGGGCGAGCGACUGGGCAGUGGAUAGCCACCUGUGCGGGAUGAUGGACCCGACCGCGGGCGCAGGCGCCCUCAUCGAGGAGGAGUGCGCCAACAUCAAGCUCAACUCCGGGCUCGCCCUCCACUGCCAGCAGUUCUGGGCCAUGCUCCUGAAGAAGGCUGCAUAUAGCUGGCGGGAGUGGAAGCUGGUAGCGGCCCAGGUCCUGGUGCCUCUGACAUGCAUCACCCUGGCGCUCCUGGCCAUCAACUACUCCUCCGAGAUCCUGGACGACCCCAUUCUGAAGCUGACCCUGGACCAGUACGGCAGAACGGUGGUGCCCUUUGCAGUUCCCGGCACCUCUCGGCUGGGCCAGCAGCUCGCAGAGCACUGGAAGGACAUGCUGCAGGCCGAGGGCCAGGAGCCACGCGAGGUGCUGGGUGACUUGGAGGAGUUCCUGAUUUUCAGGGCCUCGGUGGAAGGCGGCGGCUUUAAUGAACGGUGCCUGGUGGCAGCGACCUUCAGAGACGUCGGCGAGCGGACAGUCGUCACUGCUCUGUUCAACAACCAGGCAUACCACUCCCCAGCCACUGCGCUGACCACCGUGGACAACCUUCUGUUCAAGCUUCUGUGUGGCCCUCGGGCCUCCAUCACAGUCUCCAAUUUCCCCCAGCCCCGGAGCACACUGCAGGCCGCCAAGGACCAGUUCAAUGAGGGCCGGAAGGGUUUCGACAUUGCCCUCAACUUGCUUUUCGCCAUGGCGUUCUUGGCCAGCACGUUCUCCACCCUGGCGGUCAGCGAGAGGGGCAUUCAGGCCAAGCACAUGCAGUUCGUGAGCGGAGUCCGCGUGGCUACUUUCUGGCUCUCUGCUCUGCUGUGGGACCUCGUGUCCUUUCUCAUCCCCACUCUGCUGCUGCUGGUGGUGUUCAAAGCCUUCAACGUGCACGCCUUCACACGGGACGGCCACGUGGCUGACGCUCUGCUGCUGCUGAUGGUCUAUGGCUGGGCCAUCAUCCCCCUCAUGUAUCUCAUGAGCUUCCUUUUCUCGGGGGCGGCCACUGCCUACACAAGGCUGACCAUAUUCAACAUCCUGUUGGGCAUCGCCACCUUCCUCGUGGUCACCAUCAUGCGCAUCCCAGCGGUGAAGUUGGAAGAACUUUCCAGAACCCUGGACCAUGUGUUCCUGGUGCUGCCCAGCCACUGUCUGGGGAUGGCGGUCAGCAGCUUCUACGAGAACUACGAGACACGGAGGUACUGCAGGUCGUCCGAGGUCGCGGCCCACUACUGCAGCGAAUACAACAUCCGGUACCAGGACAACUUCUACGCAUGGGAGGCCCCAGGGGUUGGCAGGUUCGUGGCCUCCAUGGCCACCUCGGGACUUGCCUAUCUCGCUGUGCUCUUCCUCAUGGAGACCGAACUGCCCCAGAGGCUGAAGACUUGCAUCUGUGCCUCCCGGAGGCAGCGGGCGCUGAUGGAGGCGUACACCCGGACCCCAGCUCUCCCGGAGGACCAGGACGUGGCAGACGAGAGAAACCGAAUCCUGGCUGCCAGCCCGGACUCGCUGCCAGUGCCACCUCUAGUUGUCAAGGAGCUCUCCAAGGUAUAUGAGCAGCAGGCACCCCUGCUCGCCGUGGACAAGAUCUGCCUUGCGGUCCAGAAGGGGGAGUGCUUCGGCCUGCUGGGUUUCAACGGGGCUGGGAAAACCACAACUUUCAAGAUGCUAACAGGGGAGGAGAGCAUAACCACUGGGGAUGCCUUUGUGGGGGGCCACAGCAUCAGCUCUGAUGUCGGGAAGGUGCGCCAGCAGAUCGGCUACUGCCCUCAGUUUGAUGCCCUACUGGACCACAUGACAGGCCGGGAGACACUUGUCAUGUAUGCCCGGCUCCGGGGCAUCCCUGAGCGACAUAUCAGUGCCUGCGUGGAGAACACACUUCGGGGCCUGCUCCUGGAGCCACACGCCAACAAGCUGGUCAGGACGUACAGUGGUGGCAACAAGCGGAAGCUGAGCACUGGCAUUGCCCUGCUUGGAGAGCCUGCGGUCAUCUUCCUGGAUGAGCCAUCCACCGGCAUGGACCCUGUGGCCCGGCGCCUGCUCUGGGACACCAUAGCCAGGGCCCGCGAGUCUGGCAAGGCCAUCGUCAUCACCUCCCAUAGCAUGGAGGAGUGUGAGGCCUUGUGCACCCGGCUGGCCAUCAUGGUGCAGGGUCAGUUCAAGUGCCUGGGCAGCCCACAACACCUCAAGAGCAAGUUUGGGAGUGGCUACUCCCUGCGGGCCAAGGUCCGGAGCGACGGGCAGCAGGAGGCGCUGGAGGACUUCAAGGCCUUCGUGGACCUGACCUUCCCAGGCAGCGUUCUGGAAGAUGAGCACCAGGGGAUGGUCCAUUACCACCUGCCUGGCGAUGACCUCAGCUGGGCGAAGGUGUUUGGUGUUCUGGAGAAGGCCAAGGAGAAGUACGGGGUGGACGACUACUCCGUGAGCCAGAUCUCGUUGGAGCAAGUGUUCCUGGGCUUUGCCCACCUGCAGCCACCCACGGAGGGUGAGGGGCCCUGAGGAGCUGGGCAGGGGCAGGGGGAAUGGGCACUCAGGCAGGCACCUUCUUCCUCUGAGCCCAGCUUGUCCAGCACCUUUACUCUUAAUCACUGUUUCCUGUGAUGGAUAUGAACUAAGGCCUCGUACGGACUGGGCCCGUCAGCACCCUCACACUGGGGAUCAGCAUGCAGACAUCCACAUCUAAGGCCGAUGCCGAAGCCCGGUCUCCAGAACUCAAGAUGCCAGCCCAAGAGCGGGUCCAGCAGUCCGUGUGGGCAUGCCUUGUGGGGGUCUCUGGGCAGAAAGCCACCCAGAAAGGGACCUCAGCUGACUCGGGGAUUAAAUUUCCCUCACCGCUCAUGAAGAGAUUCCCCAGUGACCUCUCCACAUUUGCACAUGGCACAGAGCUCCUUUGGGGGUGAAACAGGAACCCAGAACAGGGGGCAGCUGCCCAGAAUGAACAGGUCACCAGUCACCAUCCACGAGGGAGAUGCCAGCCCUGUUUCGGCCUCGAGGUCUUGGCUUUCAGUACAGCUGGGGGCAUCCUGGGGGUCCCUGCUCCUCAGUGGACAUUAACUGAGCAGACCCUAUGCCUGGCCUCACCCCACCAGCGUCGGCCAGUGUCAGCCAGCACAAGAAGCAAAGGCGGUCCUUUGGUCCUGACACUGGCCUCUGAAGAUGCCACCAGUGGAAGGCCAGUUGGGGACCACGAUGGGACCGAGUGGCCAUGAGGGGAGGAUGCACCUAACACAUGGUGAUUCUGUCCAGAAAAUAAAGGCUGGGAGGGAACAUGA